GUGCAUCAGAGGCUUUCUCCUUGGCAGAGUGUGAGAGUGGUGUAUUGCAGUACCGUAGUGCCCUCUGAUGAAGUGACAGUGGUUUACCAAAAUGGGUUACCUGUAAUUUCUGUGAAUCUUCCAUCCCGGCGUGAGCGUUGCCAGUUCACACUUAAACCUAUCUCGGACUCUGUUGGUGUGUUCUUACAACAGCUUCAGGCAGAGGACCGAGGAAUUGAUCGGGUUGCAAUCUACUCAGCAGAUGGCACACGUGUCGCCUCCUCCACAGGCAUAGAUUUGCUUCUGCUGGAUGACUUCAAACUGAUCAUUAAUGAUGUUACGUACCAUGUUAGACCACCAAAGAGAGAGCUCUUAAGCCAUGAAAAUGCAACGACGCUGAAUGAUGUCAAGACAUUGGUUCAAACUGCCUUGUGCAUUGAGGAGCACCAGCUGAACAAAGAGAAGGAGCUCAUAGGGAGACUAGAGGAAUUGAAGGAGCAACUAGCACCACUAGAAAAAGUAAGGAUGGAGCUCACCAGAAAAGCAGAGAAGAGGACAACGUUGGUGUUGUGGGGAGGCCUGGCCUACAUGGCCACUCAGUUUGGGAUUCUGGCCCGCCUCACCUGGUGGGAGUAUUCUUGGGACAUUAUGGAACCAGUCACCUAUUUCAUCACCUAUGGUAGUGCCAUGGCAAUGUAUGCUUAUUUCGUAAUCACUCGCCAGGAGUAUGUUUAUCCAGAUGCCAGAGACAGACAGUACUUGUUAUUUUUCCAUAAAGGAGCCAAAAAGACACGAUUUGAUCUAGAAAAAUACAAUCAACUCAAGGAUGCAAUCGCUCAGGCAGAACUGGACCUUAAGAGGCUUCGAGACCCACUGCAGGUUCACCUGCCCAUCCAGCAAAUUGGUGAAAAGGACUGACCAGCAAAGAAGCUCUGAACCCCGGCAAAAAACCUGUUCAUAGCUCUUGCCUUUUUAAUUAAAGCAUUGCAGGUGGAAGCUGGGAGGUGGUGUGGGGAUGUAGGAUUUUUACCUUUAAUCAAGACAAAGGACUGUGAGGUGGGGGGGGGGGGAAUCUCUUAAAUCUGAAGAUGGGACAUUGUGGAAUGUUAGUUAUGAAAAGGGCUUGGCAAAUGGUCAUAUUUAAAAACUGAAUGGCAAUUGUGUACACAUACAGGAUUGGGGGGUUCAUGAAAAUAAUGUAAUGCUGGGGUGCAGGGGUGUCUUCUUCCAGCUUUGCAGGGUCUGCCUCUUGAUAAGACACCAGCAGCCUGCUCAGCUUUUUAAAUUUUCCUUUAUCUGAUUCAGAUCUCUUUCUCUCUCAAAAAUAAAGGAAAAAAAAAAAGGAGCAAAGAAUCCAAGCCACCUGGAACUAUGGCUGGGGAUAGAACUUGCACUCCACCGCCA